AUGCAGACUGCUUCUACAAACAUUUGUGAAAGAAUGGGUCACACUCAGGAGCUCAGUGAAUUCAAGCGUGGUAACAUAGUAGGUUUCCACCUGUGCAAUAAGUCCAUCCGUGAAAUUUCCUUGCUACUAAAUAUUCCACGGUCAACUAUUAGUGGUAUUAUAAGAAAGUGGAAGCAACUGGGAACAACAGCAACUCAGCCAUGAAGUGGUAGGCAACAUAAAAUGACAGAGCGGGGUCAGUGCAUACUGAAGCACACAGUGCGCAGAAGUCGCCAACUGUCUGCAGAUUCAAUAGCUAUAGACCUCCAAACCUUUGAAUGACAUCAGCAUAACAAGACAUUUUGGACAAUUUCAUUUUGCGGAUGGCCCCUUCCUGUUCCAACAUGACUGCGAACCAGUG